CCAAGGUUAGUAGACAUUUAAUACCAUAAUAUACUAUACUAACCUUGUGCCAUCCAUUGACACCAGUCACGUCAAAGUCAGAACUUAUUCAUUGUCAAAUUAUUUUUUUUGUUAUUUGAUGUUUAUUAUUGAUUUAUCCAAAUAAAUAUGCCGAAAAAAUUUCCUAGUGAAAAUACAAAAGCUGCUGCAGCCCGCGAACGAAAACAGCAAGUUAAGGACGAAGCUGUAGCUAAAAAGCAAAAAGAUAUUGAUGAUGCUUACUGGACAGAUAAUGAUAAACAAGUACAGAAGAAGCAGCAGAAAAAGGAUGCGGAAGAGAAAAAAAGAAUUGAGGCACUCCAAAGAAAAGCAGAAGCAAAAGCUCUCUUAGAAAAGGAAGCCAGUGAAGUCAUAAAGAAAGUAUCCAAACCUGCCCCACCUGUGAAGUUAACGAGAGCUCAAAUUGAAAGUAAAGUUACAGCAAAAGUACCGAAUCUAGUGAAAGCAGAAAAUAAGAUUGAAAUUCAUCUGGACAUUCCCUUAGAAGAAAAUAUUAAUAGACUUCAAAUUGAUGGAGAAGAAGCUAGAACUGUUGAUGAAGCUAUUACUUUACUUGGCACCAAAGAAGAUAGUGACAAACAUCCUGAAAAGAGAAUGAAAGCAGCUUAUAAUGCUUUUGAGGAAAGAAGACUCAAGGAACUAAAGAUAGAGAAUCCAACAUUACGUUUAUCACAGUUAAAGCAAAUGAUAUUCAAAGAGUGGCAAAAAUCUCCUGAGAAUCCUCUAAACAAUCAGUAGUCAUUGCUAUGAACAUUCAAUAUUCACAAGGAUACUAAGACUACUUAUCCGUACUAUACUGAUUAUCAUGUUCUCUGAGGAAGUUAAUAUGUGGGUUAUAUAAAUCACAGCAAUAUCAAAAUUGGAAUUCAUCAUAUUGUAUACUAAUUCAACUAUUUAUUUUCUACUACAUUAUACAUACAAAAUUGCAAAUACAUUACUUGUUGAUCA